AUGUGCACGGACGGAUCCAGGGAGCUGCUCAUGGCGGAGGAGGGAGUUCUGCCGGUGCUGGUCGAGCUGAUGCGCAGCAGCGUCCAGAGCUUACGGGAAGUGCCCGCAACCAUCAUCGGCAACCUCGCCUCGGACCACGCGAACCGCACGAGGCUCGCGGCGGCGGGGUGCGUGGCGCCGCUGAUCGAGCAGGUGCGGUCUGGCAGCGCCCAGGGCAAGAAGUGGGCCACGCUGGCGCUGAUGGCCCUGGCGGAGGGCAGCCACGGCAUCAAGACCCAGUUGGCAGAGGCGGGCGCGAUCCCGGCGCUGGUGGCGCUGGGGAAGUCCGGCGAGCCCCAGGCGGUUGUCCUGGCCUCCAAGGCGCUAGGCGCCCUCACCAGCGGGCACACUGGCAACCAGGAGCUCGUGCGGCGACACGAAGGCGCGGCGGCACUGGAGCGGCUGGCCCAGAUGGGCGGGCUGAAGAUCACCAGCCUCAGCGCAGAGCAAGCCGCUGGGCUGAGGGGGGCGACGGCGGGCUCCGACCCGGCCGCCGGCCAGGCCGGCAUCUGCACGCACAAUGACCGCCUCGGGAACCGAUGCUCCGGCCUCGAGCCCGUGGCGCCAUCAUCGGGCUCGGCCAUGGGCUCCUCUGCGAGGGGAGCCGCCGCCAUCGCGCUCGGCGCCGCUGCCGCGGCCUGCGCGCGGGCGGGCGCCGCCGCGGGGCAGGCUGCCGCGUUCGCGUGCCCUGGCGUGCAGCCAGUCCCCGACGGCCCGCUGCUGGCUAGGCGACCGCCCCGGCCUGAGGCCGCGGAGGCGGCCUGCGCCUCCGCGGGCGGCGGCGGCACGGCCGCCGCGGUCCUGACGUCCUCCGUGGCCGCGGGCCUGCUCGCCGCAGCGGCGGCCAGCGCCCAGCGCCGCCCUCGCAAGGCGGCGGUCGCGGCGCGGGCGGCCGAGGAGAGGCCGAUGGUCGCAGACCUCAAGGGCCCCGUGAACAUGGGGGAGGGCGCGGCGGAAGGCCUGCCUUGGUGGUGGGAGGCGUUCUGGAAGCUGCCUUUCACCGAGAGAGGCAAAGCUGGGGAGCCGCUGAACUUGGGAGACACACUGCACGUAACGAACAUCGAGCAGAUCUUCGGGGAUUACCCGUCGUACGACGGAGCUCCGUUGGCCGCGGGCGACCUGGCGGAGUCGGGUCUGACGGACGGUACGAUGUACUUGGGGUUGCAGAGGUACCAGGACAAGUUUGGCGACGUAUACAAAAUGUGCUUCGGCCCGAAGAGCUUCAUGGUCGUCUCUGACCCGCAGGUGUUGAAGCACAUCCUGUGCGAUUCCGUGUUCAAUUAUGACAAGGGCCUUCUUGGCGAGGUACUCGAGGACGUUAUGGGCAAGGGCCUCAUUCCAGCUGAUUUCGAGACGUGGAAGGUUCGACGGAGGGCCAUCGUCCCCGGCUUCCACAAGGCUUGGCUGAAUUAUCAGCUCGGCCAGUUCGGCGAGGCUGGUCGACUACUCACCAAGAGUCUUCACAAGUCGGCCGCGGCCGGUACCGCUGUCGACAUGGAGGAGCGGUUCGGAUCUGUGGCGUUGGACAUCAUCGGCAAGGCGGUGUUCAACUACGAGUUCGGCUCGACCGAAAAGGAAAGCCCAGUGGUGAAGGCGGCCAUCCAGUCGCUCCGCGAGGUCGAGCACCGUGCCCAGACGCCGUUCCAGUACUGGAAGCUCCCUCUUAUGGACGACGUGCUCGUCGAGCGCCAGCGCGAGUUCAAGGUCAAUAUGGAGCUCCUGAACGGAGCCCUGAACGAUUGCGUGCAGCAGGCGCUAUCGCAGCGCACCGAAGCAGACUUGGAGGAACUACAUGACUUGGAGAGGCGGGACUAUUCAAAGAUGGACAACCCUUCAUUAUUGCGUUUCUUGGUCGAUAUGAAGGGCGAGGAGACGUCAGGCAAGCAGCUCCGCGACGAUAUGAUCACAAUGCUGAUCGCCGGGCACGAGACGACUGCCUCUGCGCUCACGUGGGCGCUCUUCGAGCUGGCGCAGCAGCCAGAGCUCCUGGAGGAGGUGCAGAGCGAGAUCGACGGUGUGAUGGAGGGCAAGGAGUGCCCUGAUAUGGAGGACAUCAAAGCCAUGCCGCUUCUGCGCCUCUGCUUCGCAGAGUCGCUGCGCAUGUACCCCGAGCCGCCGUUGCUGAUACGCCGCGCCAUGGAGGAGGAUACGCUCCCUGGAGGGGCCACUGGCCAGGAGACCAAGAUAUUGCGCGGCAUGGACUUCUUCCUCUCCAUCUACAACAUGCAGAGGGAUGAGAAGUAUUGGCCGAACGCAAACACCUACGACCCAAAGCGAUGGCUCAAUCCGUACAAGAAUCCCGACAUUCCUGGGUGGAAGGGCUACGAUCCAACCAAGUGGGGGGGGCAGCUCUACCCGAACGAGAUUGCUUCUGAUUAUGCGUUCAUACCUUUCGGCUGUGGUCCUCGCAAGUGUGUCGGCGACAAUUUUGCAAUGUUGGAGGGAACUGUAACUUUGGGAAUGGUGUUGCGAGAUUUUACGUUCGAAUUUACAGCUCCAACCGCUGAACCUGCUCAAGUGGGGACCAGCACGGGCGCCACCAUCCACACGAAGAACGGUAUGUGGAUGAAGUUGAAGCCCAGGAGGUGA